AACAAAACAAAUAUGGAGACCGAGAGGCGUAAAUACGAAUAUAGUGUUUGUAAUUCUUUUUGACAAUUAUUGAUAUUACAUCUACUUUUUCUAUGAAUAAUGUUCAUCGGCAGUUGUUGAAGUGUCAGAGUGCUAAUAUUGAAUUAUUAUUGUGGGUUAUCGCCGUAAAAUAUGAACAUUUUCUUCAACUUGCAAAUGUAAUGGCAGAGAAUAUAGAUGCAGUGAAAAAGUGUUUGAGAAACUUCCCUCUAGAGGCACGUGAGCUCUAUCUUAAUAAAACAGUGCCAUAUCUCGAGCAGGUCCCUUCCCCACUUGAGUUCUACCGGGAAUGGAUUGGCCCAAAUAAACCCUGCAUCAUCCGGAAUGCUUUCAAUCAUUGGCCAGCCUUGACCAAAUGGAAUCCUUCCUAUCUCAGGGAAGUGGUAGGUUCAAAGGUCAUCAGUGUGGCUGUGACCCCAAACGGCUAUGCAGAUGCAGUGAACCGCGACAGGUUUGUGAUGCCCGAGGAGCGACAGAUGACCUUCUCCUCAUUGCUGGACAUUGUGGAGGGGAAAGUGGCAAGCAGGGGAGUGUUUUACAUCCAGAAACAGUGUUCAAACCUAACUGAGGAGCUACCAGAGUUGACUGGAGAUGUGGAGCCUCAUGUCCCAUGGAUGAGUGAAGCUCUUGGGAAGUUACCAGAUGCAGUGAAUUUCUGGUUGGGAGAGGCUAGUGCAGUCACAUCAAUGCAUAAAGACCACUAUGAGAACCUGUACUGUGUAAUCUCUGGGGAAAAGCAUUUCAUCCUCCUCCCUCCAACUGACCGACCCUUCAUUCCUUACCAGGACUACCAGCCUGCGGUUUACAGACAGAGAGAGGAUGGAGACUUUGACGUGAUCGAUGAGGCAGGCUCAGACAAAGUACCAUGGAUACCGCUGGACCCCUUAAAGCCGGACUUGGUGCGUUACCCUGACUACCGCCUGGCACGCCCCCUGCAUGUUACUGUCAAGGCCGGGGAGACGCUGUACCUGCCCUCACUCUGGUUCCACCAUGUUCGCCAGUCUCACGGUUGCAUCGCAGUGAAUUUCUGGUACGAUAUGGAUUAUGACAUCAAAUACAACUACUUCCAGCUGGUGGAGUCGCUAGCCGGAUCCGUGGGGCCGCUGUGACAUCACGUUCUGUUGACUGUUAGGCUAGGUCUCUAAUGACACGUUGUAUAGAAUGGAGUAGGAUGUCUCCUACAGUCUGUAAAUAAAGUAAUCCAUGUGAAAAACCAA